AUGGAUCCGUCUUUGGGUCCCAAAGUUGUUAAGAGAUCUGAUGAGAUGCUACGAGACUUUCAAUUAAACGCUGGACAUCGUCUUGGGGAGCUGCAAUAUUCUUCCACACCAACCGGAGAGUUGGCACUCUGCCUUGGGCCAGAGUCUGCUUCGGUUUCGCCUAUAAAUAGACCUCGUCUUUCGAACGAAAUUCUCAUCCAGCAUCAGAACAAUCCUCCUAUCUACUACAGCAACAGAAGCAAUCAUCAAAGAAGCCUCUAUUCGACUGCUCCUAAUCAUAAUUUAUAUCAAGCUUUGAGGCGAGGAACUCAUUCGAUUUAUCAGAAUGCUUUCAUCCAAUUUUAUAAGGCUUGCAUGCCUUCUCUCGAUCAUUGGAGGCGCAAUUUCGCGACCGCAACCUGUACCUCAGCUGGAAUCAGAAGAGCGGCCCACCCACACCCUCCAGCUGACACUGCAGCGCCACCACCACCUCUCGAUACCCCAGCUCCUCCCCCAGCCAGCGAUGACAAGCCACCGUCCCCCCCAGGUACCGAACCUGGACAACCAGGAGCAAGAAAGAAGCCGGGCAAAGAUGCUAAGCCUGUGGGUCCACCGCGUGCGCCAGAUGCCAAGCCUGACCGUCCACCGGGCCCACCAGGCGCCAACCCGGACGCUCCGGGGAUGGAUGCGGGGCCACCCCCUUCUCUGGACCCCCAGGCACCAGCAGAACCAGUGCCGGGCCCUGGGGCUCCUCCCCCACCUGGACCGAUGACUCCUGGCAAAAACGCUGGUUUACCGCCUCCUCCGGACGCCCCAGGACCGCCGGGCAAGAACGCCGGCCCACCUGGAAAGAAUGCUGGUGGACCCGGAAAGAAUGCUGGUCCACCUGGAAAGGAAGCUGGUCCCCCUGGAAAGGAAGCUGGUCCCCCUGGGAAGGAGGCCGGUCAACCCGGGAAGAACGCCGGUCCAGUCGGCCCACCUCCACCGGAUGCGGAAAAGAACCCAUUAACCCCGACAAAGGGUGAGCCGGCUAACAAAAAUCCCGAACCUAAAAAGCCCGACGGAUCUCGAGCUCCUCCUGAUGGCGGAAAGAAGAAGGGAGAUGAGCAGGGCACUGGUGAUAAACAGUCUUCAGCUUCCGACCUCUCAGGCUCAGUCCUGACCCCUGGAUUCUCCCUUCUUUUGGCAGGGAUAGUGUCUCUUCUUGCUUAGAUUUUUCUUGUUU